GCGACCCGCCUCGGAGGAGUAACAGCUCAUGGGAUAUCUACAUUUUAACACACGUUUUCAUCUUUGAUACCCUUUGGAGCUUUUUUGUCUAAAAACAAGCGCUCCCGGGACAGAACCGAGAUUCUGGUUUAUUUUACUUGUUUUACUCGUCGGACUCUUUUUUUUUUUUGAGGGGUGUGGGGCGGGGGGGGGGGGGGGGACCUGACAUGCAAUGUCACGGACCAUUGGAAGAAGAGAAUAUAAAUGUUCUCGAUUAGUUCCGCGGGUGCCGUGCGACAGUGUUAUUUGAGUUAAUUUUCUUUUAAACCAGUUGAGCAACUGGCGACAGGACUCUAUAAUCAAUGUGGUGUCAGCUGGAAGGACGCGGGGUCCGGAUCUCACCUAAACGCUGAUACGUCUUGGGAGUGAUGCACUGGCUUCCCCUGGUUGCCAUGGUGAUUGCCUCGGCCCUGCCCUUCCCUCACAACCCCGUGUCCAGGAUCGCUGCCGCGACGACAGAGCCUGGCUCCGACAACCGCAGAGAGCACCGUCAUGACCCGGCCGCUCGCCUCGCAGCUCCCCCCGCGGACUACGACUUUCGAGGAAAUGCCUCGCAGACGGACUUCGACUCGGCUGCCGCUCUCAGCCGACACACCAACGGACAAAACCUCCAGAACCAUAAGGAUUAUGUGAAAUCCUCUGCACGCGAAGACACCUCCACGCUCAAGGUGGAGAAUCAAGGAACCUACCAAUCAACUAGCAACCCAGGCAGCGAUGGCAAAAGCAGUGUCGGUCUGGAUGCUCCCGCUGAAGGACGGGCACUCGGGACCAGGGAUAUAUCCGAGGAUAAUUUUCUACCAAGGGACUACAAAGCUGACAGAAGUAGCAGCAGCAGCAGGCAAGUUUACUCUGGUUUCAUGAACUUUUCCAAGAAGGACACUCUUCAGGACUCUACAGAUAGGUUCUUGCAGGUCUCCGCAGCGCAAGACCAUAAUGCUCUCAGAUCUGCCGAAACGCUAAAAGGUCCAAGAGGACAAGAAUCGACUGUUCCUUCAGAGCAGCUGAGAGAUGCAUCAGCAGUCAGGACGGGGAUCCAGCCGACAACGGGAGCUGGAAGAGGUCCGGCCGAGGAGAGCUUGACGCAGGCAGGGCUGGGCCUGGGGACCGGGCUGGACAGCAUCCCCGCAGGAGACGAGAUGUUUAUGGACGCACAUCCACGAGUCCUGUUCUCAUCCUCCCUGUCGCCUCCAGAACACCCUCCUCUCCUCCUCAUGUUGGAGACUGGCCUGUUGGAGGAGGACGGGGGCGGAGAGGAGCAGGAGGACAUGGACGGACACACCGAAGGUCACGGGGAUCGGGCGAUCGACAGGAGCACGACUGCGAGUUGGGCGGAUUCUUCCAGAGCGCACGGUGAGGUGGCCCGUCACGUCAAGCGGGACAAACGCUCGCACUUGAUCGACAGGCGGAGAGGCGAGAAGUCCGUGUGCGAGUCAGAGAGUGUCUGGGUCACCGACAAGAAGUCGGCCAUCGACUCCCACGGUGAGAAGGUCACCAUCUUGCAGGAAAUCCAAACGCAGACCGGGCCACUCAAACAGUACUUUUACGAGACUCGCUGUCGCCAGGCGGAGCAGCCGAGCAACACCGGCAGGUCGAGGGGCUCCGGUGCGGCGCCGAGAUCCCCGGCGAUGGGCGUGGCCGGGUCCGGCUGCUUAGGGGUGGACAAAAAACAGUGGUUGAGCGAGUGUAAAUCCAAGCAGUCGUUUGUGCGAGCGCUCACCAAGGAUGCGAACAACAGAACCGGAUGGAGGUGGAUCCGCAUCGACUCGUCCUGCGUCUGUGUGCUGCUGUCCAGAACCAAUCAGGCACCGGGGAGGGAGGUCUUGACGAGGAAGGGUAGAAGCUGAGACAGAGCGAGAGAUAAUGGAAGUGGGAGAGGAUUGAGGGGGGAUGGCAAGAUGUAGAAAGUGACACACAGCAGAGCAGCUGUGACAUCUCUCUGUUUGCACUUUUCCCUCGCUGGUUUCAAUGAAUCAGUGAUGGGAAAGUUAUUCCUGCCUUAAUACGCAGUGUUUCCCUCUCUCUUUCCGAUCCCUCCAUCCUCCACAGCUUCUAAAGACUUUUGAAAAACACAAGAAGACCUCAACACUAGAUCUUAGGGAAUUUUUUUUGUCAUUUAUAGAGAUUUUACAGUUUUUUGUAUGAUUCAUCUUUCAUAAUCUAAGUUAUUUUCAUUUAGUAUGUAAGCAUGUGUAUGUCUUUGAUAUUAAUAUAUUCCUUUAUAUAUAAAUAUAAAUAUAUGUGUACAAUAUGACACCAGUAUACCUUUAUGUAUGAAGCUAUGUAUAUCUGUGUGUAUUUAUAGAAGAAGUGUCUGAUGAUAAUUCCAGCCCUGGUCCACUCUGGGUUGUGAGAGGAAGGAGCGCCACCUACUGAGGCUCCAUGUUACUGCUCCACACUGUUCCCAUGAGGAUUACCAUGAAUGUUGUAAUCAGCGCCCUUUACAGUCCCACGAGAGAGAAAAAAAUUGCUAUUCGAUAUAUGCAAAUUUCCGCGUGAGCACUUUUUUUUAAAGCAUGAUCUCACCCAAGGCUGGAUGAUGUGACAGUUUCGUGGCAGGACGUAUUUCUCUGUCUGUGGAACUUGUUGAACGUGGUUAAUAAUGUAAAACAAUGUGGUUUGACAAUUAGCUGACACACAAGGAAGCUCAUUUUACAAUCUGCUGGUUUGCUAAGUCUGCCUGCCAAACAUGGUAAUAAAACAUCUUUGUAAUCAUUAUUGUCGUACGGCUUAACUGAUCCAGAGUAUAUACUGUAUAUAUUUUCAAAUGCAGAAUUUCAUCAUUUGCUCAGGAAAACGUGAUCAUGAGUAGUAAAUUUUGAUGUAUUUUUCAGCUUUAAUCAGUUUCUGCUGGGCAGUGAAAGAUAAAACUACAACUAUAUAAGAAACAAGUAUUCACUAGAAUUUAAAAAUAUUAAAUUACAAGUUAAAGUCCUGCAUGUUGGUUUUGUUGUAAGAAAAAAACUGCAAAAUCACUACUGGCAUAAAAAGUUGAAUAUAUCAUAAAUGUAGUCGUGUAGAAUUAUAAAAUGCCAUAAACAGAAAAUACUCUAAAUUGUCAUUAAGAAUAGAACUCAACAGGAUACUCACUUUGGACUACCUGCAAUGAAAAAAAAUGGAGAAAGUUUGCGAUGAUAAGCAGAUCCACAGGGAUUGCUUUAUUAUAAUUUUUUCUUCUACAUCACCAUUUUCAUCAUCAUCAUCAUCCUCAUAAGUUUCUUUUCAAGAUGACAUUUUUAAUUUUUGUAUUACUAUCACUUUAAUCAUGGAAAUCUGUUAAAUCAUUUGCACAAUUGGUUUCUCAAAAUGUACACGUACAGUAGCAUAUUUGAAUGACCAUUUUCAAUGUUUUCAUAUUUACUUUUUAAAACUAGUCGAAAUGAAGUCGAGAGGGGAACAGAACGUGUACAUACAUUUAUCCAAUACAUACCUAAAGAAAAAUAAAUAGUUAUCGUAAAAAAUGAAAAAAUACAACUGAAAAAAAUACACACAUUUUACAAAUUGAUCCCCAGGCUCCCACCCCUGUAGGUUUUAUCAUACAGAUAUAUAUUUAUUUUUUUUUCAACGACACCUCAUAUCAUUUUCACCACCAAAAAAAAUGCUUUUUAGGUCAUUGUCGUUUUGUUUGACAUGCAUCGUAAACACAGAGGCUAAAGGUUUUGUUUCCUGGGCUUCCUCUGGCUCGCCCCUCUCUUUCGGCCUCUCUAUGAUCUCACCCCCCCCCCCCCCCCCCCCCAGGAGUGCUCUUGGUUUCUGUUAUGGCUUGUGUGUGCAGUAAAAUGACCAACUUCUGUCCAUCCUGUUUCUUUUGUUUAGUUUCUUUUCUUUCCUCCUCCCUUUGACACGCUGUUUUGUCUCUCUUGUCACUUCUGCCAUCGUUGGGAUUACCCGAGACCCUGAGCUGAUGAUUACAGGUCGUAAAAACCACAGAACGACAUCGCGGAGGGCUACUGAGGCAUUUUGGGUUUGGCUUCAAAAGACGCGUCUUUCUUAAUGUAUUUUAAACACGUAGGUACCACUUUACAAGAAAUACAAAGGGGUAUAGUUUUUACUUGACGGGAUUUUAUGAAUUAAAAUAAUUUAAUUCAUAGGCCAGUGACAAGGGUCAGGGUUGGCAAGCCCAAAAUAGACAGUACCGUACCUGUCUGUUUGGGUUGCCAGGUUGUGAAAAUUCUGCACUUGAUAAAGUUCAGAAUCCUCAGAUGGGAAAAACCGAACUGCUAUGAUACAACGCAAAAGUCUCUUUUAUGAAACUCCCUCAGUCUCCUGAAUGUGCGGCCAUUUCCAACCCCUCGCCUCUUCUGUAAGCGUUCUGUUGAACAUGUUGAGUCUCGUGCCCAAUGGCAAGGUAACCCAGACGAUGCCACAGAAGACAUCGAGCAACUGUUUCCACGGACUCAAUAGGACUCUGUGUGUAAAAGUCUAAAAAUAAAAAAAAAGAA